UUAUUGCGUCAUCGCGUGGAGGAGAGAAGACGCGUUCCCGCCGCGCUGCCAUGAUGCUCGUUCCAGAGUGAUGCGAUCGCGGCAAUCUCCAAGAGGCCGGCGCCAUGAAUCGAGGCGCGAUUGGCAGCGUCGUCCUCGCCAUCGCCUUGCUCGCCCUCGUCGCGAAUGUAUCGCACGCCGUGGAGGAGGAUCGGUCGUCGGUGAGUGUCAGGGCUAGGGUAGCGCCGGGUGAGAAGGAUCAGGGAUGGAGCGGCUCGAGAACAGCGGCAUCGAGGGUUUCUGUGGCGACUGUGGCGAUUCUCACGCUUGGAAUGGCUGCCGCUACUGGUCUCGGUGCCGUGCCGUUCUUCUUCGUGGAGUUGCAAGCAAAAUGGGCCGGACUGUGCAACGGGAUCGCGUCUGGAGUGAUGCUUGCCGCGAGCUUCGAUUUAAUCCAGGAAGGCCAGAGGUUUGGAGGAGGAAAUUGGGUGGUGGCGGGCAUUCUUUCGGGUGGACUCUUCAUUCUCUACAGCCAAAAGGUUUUGGAGAGGUUUGGGGACGUGAAGCUCAUGGAUGUCAAGGGUGCUGAUGCAAGGAAAAUGCUCCUUGUGAUUGGUAUCAUGACGCUUCACUCGUUUGGAGAAGGAUCUGGAGUGGGAGUUUCCUUUGCCGGACCCAAGGGACUCUCGCAAGGACUCACUGUGACGCUGGCGAUUGCUGUGCACAACAUUCCCGAGGGAUUGGCAGUGAGUAUGGUCCUUGCGUCGCGAGGGGUCUCGGCUCGCAAUGCGAUGCUUUGGAGUACCUUUACUUCUUUGCCACAGCCAUUGGUAGCAGUACCAGCUUUUAUCUGUGCGGAGGCGUUCCAAAAAUUUCUACCUCUCUGCAUGGGCUUCGCUGCGGGAUGCAUGAUCUGGAUGGUCCUGGCCGAAGUUCUUCCCGACAGUUUUAAGGAUGCCGAUGCUUCCGAAGUUGCCUCCGCGGCAACCGUCUCGAUAGCUUUCAUGGAGAUUCUAAGCGCAGUCAUGGAAAGCGGAGCCAGAUGGAACAACACUGGCUCUGCUCUUCUCUGGUCACUGCUCUUCGGACUGGGGCCUUUCAUCGGCGGCCUCGCUCUAGUUUCGCUCGUCGGCUCGAUCAGAUUACCUUACUCAUUCUUUGGCUCAGUGGGAUCCGGGAUAGCACUCGUCCUGGCUCUCUGGAGGCCGUCACAGCUCUGGCUCUCGGGAAAGAUGGACAGACUAGUUCUCUCGGGGCUCUUCUUCCUGGGAACUUGUCUAUGGAGGCUGGCUCACCUGUGGGAAAGCAGAAGACCCCGGAAGGCCGAAGUGGAAGUUUUCAUCACCAAGCCAAAGCAAGCCAGCAGCCUGGCUUCCGGGGCGAUUCUAGCAGCAGGGACAAUGGGCUUCCACGCCUUUGCGGAAGGCUUAGCUCUGGGUGUGGCGGCCAGCAAAGCUUACGGACUUGGAACUCAUAUGCUCUUGCCGGUUUGUCUCCACGGACUCCCGCGAGGGGCCGCUGUAGCGAGCACCAUCUAUGGAGCUACUGGAAGCUGGCAGCAGGCAUUGGUUCUAGCAACAGUGACGGGAUUUGCGAGUCCGGUGGGUGCGAUUGUGGCGAUUCUGGGAGGACUGAGCUACAGCGGACUAGAUUUUUGGAUGGUGGUGGCGUGUGGAAGCUUGGUUCCAGCGUUUGGUCGCCAGAUUUUGGUGAGAGCUGCUGGAAGGAGGGGCGCGAGCAGCGUGGUGAUGGGACUGGUGACUGGCUUUGGGUUUGCGAGCGCGCUUCUUACCAGCACUCGAAUGGUUUGUUUGUAUACGCCUUACUGUAGCUCGGCUCCAGAAGCUGUGACUUAAGUUAAACAGCAAUUUAAAGGAGCCUUUAAAGCU